GGGAACUCCGUGAAGUACAAAAAUUUCAUUGAAGAACAGAUAAAGAAAGAGAGAGCAGGUUUGUUAGAUUGUAGAAAGCGCUGUGUCGACUAUGGUGUUAUUUGGAUGAGCGGUUCAGCGUGCGAGCAGCAAUACCAGAGGCCAAGCAACAGCCAAGUUUUGAACGGACACUGCACUACGUAUUUUAUAUUCCUUCUGGUCAUGCAGCUGAUGAUCCGCCAAUACCGUCCCUCAGAUAAGGACGCAGUACUCGCCCUGUACAGCAUCGGCAUCCGUGAGCACAUCCGUCCAUGUUUUCACAAUGCCAUGACCAGCCGUCUCUACCUGGCCAUCACCCUGGCUCUGGGUGUCACUGGCUGCCUGCUCGGCUCCGUGUUGGGGGCUGUGGUGUUACCGGGAGCUUGGGUGGGCCUUGUGUACUUCUGCUGUCAUGAGCAUUAUGCCAGCUACGUCAGGGAGAAACUCCGGACAGACAUGCAGGACAUCCCUGGGAACUAUCUGAGCAGCCCGGAUGACUGUUUCUGGGUGGCAGAGGCUGAGGUUGAUGGGAGGGCCCAGAUCGUAGGUAUGGUGGCUGUAGUGGCCAAACAAAGUGGGAAAGAAAGACAUGGGGAACUGUUCAGGAUGGUCAUCUCACCAGCGUGCAGACGAGUAGGCCUGGGCUUCAGGAUGACUCAGACUGUGAUUGACUUCUGUAAGGAACGAGGCUUCUCCAAGGUGGUGCUGAAGACCAGCUCUGUGCAGACCGCUGCUGUAGCCCUGUACACCAAACUGGGGUUCAGCUACGUCCUCUCACACACCGAAACACUGGGUUCUGUUUGGUUUAAAAUGGUGGCUAAGGUGUCAAUUUUUAAAAUGGAAAAACACCUGACAUAAUCUUAAUUAGCUACUGACGUGUUUCAUUUGUAUUCCUCUGUAUCAGUGCUUUAAGCUUUUGCAUUAAUAAUACUUCACUGAAACCACAAAAAAAACUUUAGUGUACACCCGCACAAGAGGAAUGAUCAAAAAUGUUAUACAAUAUGUUGUGGCUGAAAGAAAACCAUAUCCAACCACUCACACUAACAUUUUACACAGCCCUUGUGCAGACACCACAGCGGGUGAAAUCAGGAAGGUGGAGGUUGAUGAUCAGCAGUAGAGGGUGCCAUUUAGUUAAGUAACUUUUGCAAUAGUGUUAUAUUACUGUAAUGAAUAUCAAAGCUCUUAAUAUUGUGGGAUCUAUGGUUCACUCCAAAUGUUUUUUUUGUUGUUGUUCAGAUUGUUGUGGUGUUAACCUUUGAGCUCAUUAUAGAGUUGCAGUGUAUUUAGAGGCACUGUUUGCAGAAUCUCCAUGUGAUUUCUUAGCAUUAGUCAAAUAAUGUAGUUUACACAAACAAACACAACCAGGAGUAUUUCCUUACAUGUAGAUAGACAGUGUUCCGAGCAGUCUGGGUGGAACACAGCAUGUGAUACAACACUCAUAACUAUGAUGUACUUGAGACUUGACUUGGACUCUAGCUCAGAGACUUGAGACUUGACUUGGACUCUACCUCAGAGACUUGAGGCUUGAUUUGGACUCUAGCUCAGAGACUUGAGACUUGAAUUGGACUCUAGCUCAGAGACUUGAGACUUGACUUGGACUCUAGCUCAGAGACUUGAGACUUGACUUGGACUCUAGCUCAGAG